AGUGAGACCUCCCAACGGUUUUCAGCUCUCUGUGUGAACGGAAGACAUUUUGAGCUGCUGCGGUCUCUCCGGUUCGUUAUUCGUGUGUCAGCCUAAAGUCAGGGCUGACGUGCUGGAGAUUCUCCAGACUUGAGAGCCAUAAGUUCGUGAAAAAAAAAGACGAGAUUCAACAAAAACAGUUGUAGUUUAACCGACGUAUGUGUAUAUCACAGCUAUCUUAGCUUAGCGCCUGAAACUACAAAAGCUAGCAGAGUCCUAGAUGCUAGUUAGUUAGCAUCACCUAGCUGGCCUGCCCUCCUCCUCCACCUCCUCCACCUCGACAGCCGGUCCCUUCACGCAGACACAAUGGCUUUAAAACGAAUUACCAAGGAGCUAACCGAUCUGUCCCGAGAUCCUCCCGCUCAGUGCUCCGCUGGGCCCGUCGGGGAAGACAUGUUUCAUUGGCAAGCUACUAUUAUGGGUCCUCCUGACAGUCCCUAUCAAGGCGGUGUAUUUUUCCUGACUAUUCAUUUCCCUACAGAUUAUCCCUUCAAACCACCCAAGGUCGCCUUCACAACAAGAAUUUAUCACCCAAAUAUUAACAGUAAUGGCAGCAUCUGCUUGGAUAUUUUGAGAUCACAGUGGUCUCCUGCAUUAACUAUCUCUAAAGUCCUUUUGUCCAUUUGUUCUCUGUUAUGUGACCCGAACCCUGACGACCCUCUAGUGCCAGAGAUCGCCCGCAUCUACAAAACAGACCCUGUUAAGUAUAGCAGGCUAGCCAGGGAGUGGACAGAGAAGUAUGCCAUGCUGUGAUGGUACAACAAGACUGCUCAGGACUGGACUCAGAAAUACGCCAUGUGACCCUUCUUCUUCUUCCUCUUCUUCUUCUUCUUCUUCUUCUUCUUCUUCUCACUGCUGAAAAAAAUAAAUAGAUUUCUCAUGUGGCGCCCCCCCCGCCCCCCUCCCUCCCUCCCUCCCUCCCUCCCUCCCUCCCGCUCGCUCAUCAGCCAAUAACAGCAAUUUGUUCAUAAUUUCUUUUGUUUUUGUUUUUUUUUCCUCCUAAAUGCUUUUAAAUUCUUGAUUUCCUCCUGCUUUUCAAAAUAAAACGUAAGAAAGGUGAAGUAAGGACCGAGGACUCCUGAGCUGUCAAUGUGCCAACUGUCGAAUAAAUAAAAAACAGAAACCGAAAGCCCACAAAGCAGAGUGGACCGACGAGAGAACUGUUACAGUAAAUACCAAUAAUAAUAAUAAUAAUAAUAAUUAAAUGCAUGUCAGUGAUUGGUUCACGUGCUGCUGAGAAAGACCCGAGAGACGACAGCUUUAUUUUGGAUUUUAUUGAGUUUGUCGUUGCUGUUUGUAGACGAGAGAGCCGUCAGUUCAUCCAUCGCCCAACACUGGUCUCCUGGUUUUGCACUGAAGAUGAAACUCAAAGCUCUCAACAGCUGAUUGAUCAACUAAUAGCUCUGUGAUGGGUUUUUAUCAAUAAAGAUCAACAAAUUGCAGAUUU